AUUUAAUCCCCACCUAAAACCCCCUUGUCCACAAACCCACAAGGCUGACGAAACCUCCACCUAACCCAGCAUUGGUUGUUCCCAACCUCAUCGAUAUCAACUCAAAUUAAAUCCAAACUUUCCCAUUAACCUUACCAAGCAAUCAUUCCCUCUCACCACAAAAAUCCCAAUCAUGCCGGACGAAAAAUACACAGCUGUCUCGACCUCAGAGCCCAAAGAUACUCCUCCAACCAACGACUCCGGAUCUACACGACAUGGCGCCUCCAAAUCCAUAUCUAGUAUCAAGGGCCCCUUACCACGCGGUCCUUUUCCUCUCGAUAUUCCCGUCUUGCAACAUUUGAAAGGAAAGAGAAUUAUACUUGCAUCUGCUAGUCCUAGACGGAAACAAAUAUUGGCUUCGGUAUGUCGUUACAAUUUUCUAGAUCUUUUAUGGAAAAGGAAAUAAUGCGAGAUAUUUGUAUGUAUUUAUAUAUAUAUAUAUAUAAACUAACACAUAAAUUCUAGAUAGGACUGACAAAUCUCGAAAUAAUUCCCUCUCCGCUUCCGGAAAAUCUCUCAAAAGAACAUUUAGGACCUUUCGAUUAUGUUCUCCAAACUGCUAUUCAAAAAUGUCUUUCAGUAUAUACACACUGUCUUGACAACUCACUUGCCAGUAUUCCCGACCCUUCACUCGUGAUAGCAGCCGAUACGGUAAUUGUUACGACUUCGGGACAUAUACUAGAAAAACCCCGUUCACAAGCUGAGCAUAUCCGAAUGCUUAAACGGCUCCGCGAUGAAAAAUCCCACAAGGUAUUUACCGCCAUAGCGAUCCUCGCCCCGCGCGAAGAUGCGCGGUACCCGGGGUAUAAUUGCGAGAAUGAGGUAGUAGAGACGACGGUUGUUUUUGAUACGAAUCUGGGUGAUGAAUUGAUAGAAGCGUAUGUGAAGACGAGGGAGGGAGUGGAUAAGGCGGGUGGAUAUGCGAUUCAGGGGAUGGGAGCUAUGUUGGUGGAGAGGAUAGAGGGGAGUUGGGAUAAUGUUGUGGGAUUACCGAUUAGGAAUGCGGUGGCUAUGAUGGAGAAGGCGGUUUUUGAUCAGGAGGAUUUGGAUCCUGAGGAGAAUGAGGAGGGUGAUGAGGAGGAUGAUGAUUAGAUAUUUUGAGGGUUGAAAUUGAAAUUGUUGGUAAAAUUAUAUUGGGGAAGCGGAGAAAGAUACAUUUGAUGAAUACUCGUAUAACAUCUACAUAACUUAUGGAAGGAAUGGAAUGGAAAUGGAUAUAUAUAUAUAUAGGUAUCAAUAGUGUAGAUAUGACAUA